AUGACGUCUGAGAAGCCGUUGUUGUCAGACGAGGAUGAGAAAUUUCUGACCUCAAUCACAAAACAAGACCAGCCACCUCCUCUGCCUGUCGUCCCUGACCACCAAGGCGAUGCUCAAAUCGCAUUGCUGAAUGGUGCGCAAAACGUUGCGCUACCUCCUGAGACCCCAACCGAGUUGACAGAAGAACCUGAAGAGUCGAAACAGUUGACGCCGGAAGCGUCAGUAUCAAAGAAAAAGACAUGGAGCUGGCUUCGGCGCGACAGCAGAGACACUGGAAAGAACGAUCAGAAAGAGAACACUGCUGCAGGCCUGCACGAUAUCGCCGAAGAAUUGAGAGCGAGGAAUGAAGCUGAUGAAAGCCCAGAGGAUGCACAGGCGAAGAAAGAGGAGGAAGAGAUGACCGUUGUUCUUGACAAGCUCAAUCUGGCAGCUGUCGAUAAUCGAGUAUUCAGUAUCUCCGAAGAGACGAAAGAGUUACUGCAGCAGUUCACCCAGGUGCUGAAAGAUCUCACCAAUGGCGUUCCUACAGCUUACCACGAUCUCGAGAGUCUACUGACUAACGGCGACAAGCAGUUGCAGAAGACAUACAACAGUCUACCCUCAUUUCUGCAAAAACUUGUGGAAAGGCUUCCAGAGGCGAUGACAAAAGGCUUGGCUCCUCAGAUUAUGGCAGCAGCAGCAGAGAGAGCGUCGGCAUAUGGCCUGAACUUGGAAGCUUCGGGGCAGGCAGCAGGAAAAGCAGCCAAGUUCAUGAAGACGCCGUCACUCAAAGAUUUGGUUGGAAAGCCGACCGCGAUCACCCAGAUGCUGAGAAAUAUCUUUGAAUUUCUAAAAGUCCGCUUCCCAGCAUUUGCUGGCGUGAAUGUCCUGUGGUCUCUUGCUCUGUUUCUGCUACUCAUCGUAUUUUGGUAUGCCCACAAGCGUGGCAAAGAGGUUCGCCUGGAGAAAGAGAGGGAACUGACAGAGAAGGAGAUGCAGGAACUGGAGAAAGACUGGAAAGAGAGGCAUCCAGAGGACAGCAAUGUUGUGCAGCCUACAACCUCGUCCACGACUACAACAGCAUCACCUGGAGCGACAAUGGAACAGGUUAAGGCAGGCAUAAUCGAAGCGGAUGCAGAGAAAAUUGCAGCGGCCUCUCAAGCGGCACAGGCGAGGGAGCCAGUAGCUCAACCGGUGGUACCAUGA